AUGGUUGGUCCUUGGCCGGUCAGUUGCGGAUUUACUUAUAUAUUGACCUGCAUCGACCGCUUCUCCAGAUGGCCUGAAGCCAUCCCCCUUGUGGACAUUUCCGUGGAAUCAGUCGCCAGAGCACUCAUCUCCGGGUGGAUAUCUUGUUUUGGAGUAACCUCUAGAAUUACCACUGAUCAUGGACGCCAAUUUGGAGCUUGUCUGUUCCGUGAGCUUUCGAGAUUGCUCGGAGUUCAGCACAUCCACAUUAUAAGUUACCAUCCCGCCGUGAACGGUAUGGUGGAAAGAUUCCACCGACAGCUCAAAGCCGGUAUUCGCACGGCUCCUGACCCUCAUCAUUGGUCCGAGUUUCUCUCCAUUGUUCUGCUAGGGUGCCGCUCAGCUGUCAAGGAGGAUUUAGACUACUUCACUGAGCUCCUGUUUAGCGCCACCUUAGCACUUCCUGGACAAAUGUUGGCACCCGUCGACUUACUGAAUGCGGACCACACAUCUUACGUCACGCGACUCACGUUAUUCUUUGCUGAUCUGCCACCGAUGCUUCCUCGUGACCAGUCUAUUUCUUCUACAGUACCUCCGAAUAUUUCUACUUGGACUCACGUGUUUGUAAGAAAUGAGGCCGUCAAGGGACCGCUCACACCUCCUUACACUGGACCCUAUCGCGUUCUUAAAAGCACACUGAAACAGUUCACUGUGGACAUUUACGGAAAAAAAGAGACUGUCUCUAUCGACAGUAAAAAAAGCCUUUUCCGAAACAUUUAUGCCACUUGCUGA